UGCUGCUGAGCGAAAAGUGGGCGGGACUUCCUCUGCUCGUUCGACACUCUGUUUAUUUUUGCAGAGCCACAUAUCGUCCACACACACAGAGGUCCCACUUUCUUUCAUUGAAUAUCUUGCAACAUGCCAGACCUCCUUGUGAUUAGGAGUUGCUUCCUGUGUUUCUUAUUAGUCUUGUUAACGCUAUCUAGCUCACAGCAGGAAGAGGAGAGCAAGCUGUUACUGGUGUCCUUUGAUGGCUUCCGGUGGGAUUAUGUGAAUCGGGUGCCCACACCAAAUUUCCAUGCACUGAUGGAAGAGGGCAUACAGGUGGAACAAGUAGUGAACACCUACAUCACCAAGACCUACCCUGACCACUACUCCUUAGUGACGGGAUUGCACGCUGAAACCCAUGGCAUUGUCGCCAACGAAAUGUAUGACCCGAUUCGUAACCGGUCAUUUUCCAUGGAGGGGCCUGAAGUGUAUGAUGCUUGGUGGUGGGAGGAGGCUGUGCCGUUGUGGGUGACCAAUCAAAAGGCAGGGCGGAAGAGCGGAGCUGCCAUGUGGCCGGGGUCGGAUGUAGCGAUUGGUGGAACGUACCCGACGCAUUACUUGAUGUAUAAUGCAUCAAUGCCCUUUGAGAGGCGAGUUGAGAAACUAAUUGACUGGUUCUCAGGGCCAGAUGCCAUCAAUUUUGGUGUCUUAUAUUGGGAGGAGCCGGAUGAGAGCGGCCAUAAUUUGGGGCCGGAGAGUCCACUAAUGGAUGUCGUCAUUGCAGAUAUUGAUGAGAAGUUGGGAUUCCUCAGGGACAAGCUCAAAGCAGCUGGCCUUUAUGAGAAAGUCAAUCUUAUUGUCACAAGUGAUCAUGGAAUGACACAGCUGUCACAUGAUAAGAUUAUUGAGCUGGACACAUAUGUUAGUCGAGAUCUUUACACUUGGAUUGACAAGAGCCCUGUAGUUGGCAUUUUGCCCAAAGAAGGCAAACUGGAAGAGGUCUACAAUUUAUUGAAGAACGCCAAUCCUAACAUGGUUGUGUAUAAGAAAGAGGAGAUCCCAGAUCAUUACCACUACAGACACAACGUCAGGAUAAUGCCUCUCAUCAUAGAGGUCAAAGAGGGAUGGACAGUCAUGCAGAACAGAAAUGGAUCUUUUAUGUUGGGAAACCAUGGUUAUAACAACAGCCUUCCCAGCAUGCACCCUGUUUUUGUUGCCCGCGGACCCGCUUUCCUUCGGGAUUACACCAAGGCCUCCAUGAACUCUGUGGACCUCUAUCCUCUCAUGUGCGACAUUCUUGGUCUCAAGCCCUUGCCCAAUAAUGGUUCUCUGUCAAACGUGCAAGAACUUUUAUUGGAGACCUCAACCCCAAAGCCAUUAGUAGCACCCGUGCCAAGGGAGCCUUCAUACGCCUGGGCGGUGGGAUCCAUCCUUGGCACCACCCUUGUGGUUGGGUUUCUCUUUAUCUUUGUGAAGCAGGUGACACAAAGGCAGCUCCCCCCUCUGCAUCUGUCCAACAGUGAGAUAACACAGCCCUUACUGUAGGAUCAGUUCACAUCUGUAAUAAAUAUGCAGCCUUUCUUAUUUUGACAUAAGGGUUCUGGUCACUUUUCUUAUUGGAGGUUUUCAAAACAUGUAACACUGACUAGUUUCCAGUGCCACGAAUCUUAUUUCGGUAUAAAUUCUGAUAAUACUUGGCAGUUACGAUUUUCAGAGUCAGAAUGAUCACUAGAAUCAAGAAGUGAUCUGUAUCUGUGGUACCAUGACAAAGCUGAAUAUACCAAAAGCAAUAUGGGGACAAUGCUAGAGUUGGACAAUGUUAGCCCAAUCAUUGAAAUUUAAGCCAAUAGUGCCCUCUUUUGGCAAAGCUGUCAAUGAUAACUUUAUUUGUGUCAUCUAAAAUCUAGCAUUCAAAGAAAAAAGAUGUUAGCACCCCCAAGCUGUUCCUUUAAAUUUGAAUCUUUCAUUAAGGCAAUAGUUCACCCAAACAAGACAAUUCUCUCAUAAUUCACUCAUCCUCAUGCUAUCCCAGAUGACUUUGUUAUGACUUCACAAACAAAUUAUUUUAUAUUGAAAUAAAAUUUAUUACGAAAUACAAAGGACAGCUACUUGUGAGACAUGCAAGAACUAGGCCAAGUACAUUAUGAGGCAAUUUUCAUAUUUAGGUGAACUAUUUCUGUAACGAAAGAGACAUCUACUUGGAUUUGCACUCCUGGGUUUGCAUUAACCGAAUAUUUAAUAAGAUGGUUUAUGCCAUAGUUUAAAAUUUAAAGGGACGUUAGUAGCUGUUGCUUUUUACAGUUUGUUGCUUUUUCUCAUUCCCAUCGUUUUCUUUGUUAAAACGUUAAAUGCAAUUGUUUGGUUUAAGUUAGCAGAUUAAAAAUGUUAGCGUUUUUGAAAAGAAGCAGGUAGUUUUGAGACUACACCUAUGUUGCACUAAAAUCAAUGUAAGCUCAUCAGAAUAGAGAUGAAAUAUUAGACCUGUAGGAUGUUUUAGCUUAUCUGCAUUUUGCACAAUGUGAUGCCAGUUAUAAUUUAUAUAAGAAUGAGGUGGGUGCCAAAAUUUCAUUCAUUCAUUUAUCAUGUUUGAAAUAUAGUAAUAGAAUAGUAUUUAAAAAAGCCCUUCAUAGGGCAAAACACUGUGAUGUCUUCAACUGGUUCAAAGAUGAAGAGAACAAAUAUUUAUGUUCUUUGAUAUAAAUGUUGCUGAAAUAGUUUGUAGCGAGUUGCUUGCAGAAAUGUUCCUAUCGUUAAGGCGGGUAUUUCUAUAUGGAGGUGUGCAGAGAUUGUUGUGCUUUGUCUAGAGUAUUUCUAUGAUUUUUUAGAUUUACAUGUUCUGGAUUUUACAACCCAAUGUCUUAUUUUGUCCCAUAAGAAAUUUCAUUUCUUUCAACGUGCUACAUUAAAGAUAAAUAAAUGCC